ACCGUAUCUCAUGCUGACCAGCUUCACCUCAACCUCGCGUCGAGGAACAGGACUUUUACGGCUCUUGGGCCGUAUUUCUCUUCUUCCAUCGUGAUAUAUUCCAUUUGUCGAAUCAGUGCUUAUUUCCCUGUUGUCUCUGCGGAGAUCCCAGAUCCGUUACUGUCAGGCAUGAUAAGAUAACGUCGGUACCAUGACGACUUCUCGAGCUUCAGCAGCUCAGAUCCAUCCCGGCAAGGGCCUUGGGUUCUUGACCCUUGGAAUGUCGCUUCACAAUGUACUCACCCGUCUCAAAGCCCAUCCCCAGACCUACCCCGCCAUCGACGUUGCAUACUCCGCAGGAGAGCCAUUAUAUCAGCCUGUGAUUCUAAGACUACCAUCCAACGGUCUCCGCCUUCGAUUCGAUGGUCCAGAUCAGAGGCUUCGCCUGAUCGAGGUGCUGGACUUCUCCAAGAUCCUGCUCGUGUAUAAGAAUCAGGAGGUUGUAAAGGGCCUGAAGCCACAGGAACAGGCUGGCUCCCUGCCAGGACCGAGCUUUCGUCAUGUCUACAAUAGACUCUUUGGCCCAUCGUACCCUGGGGAAUAUGUCCCGCCUGCUUCACGUACACCUUAUGGAACAUAUGUUCUAUCAUACCCGGGCGUGGCAUUUUCAUUCCCGCUUCAGGACUCAGCGUGGUCGGAUCAAUGUGACUUCGUGGCCCUGAUGUCUUCAUCUGCCGCUUCACCUGCGACCUCUAUGGCCAUCUUUCAAGGUCCGUCCUGGCCAGAUGCACGUUCCACCUUGUUUACAAAACCACCACAGUAUCCCCGCUCGCCAGCAUUGGUCAGUAAGAACAGGGAGUCGGUUCCAGACGAGAUCGAAGAAAUUAAAAUAUACGGAGCUGGUAAGAUUGAGUUGACUCGACGAGGCGGCCCGUCCUUCUGGAUUACCCUGUCGGAAACUACGCCACAGGACCUGGUCGCCGAGCUUGGUCCUCCAGACGCCAUCUAUCGUAAAAAUGACCGAAGGAUAUCUAUUCAUGGAGCCGCUGCUGGUGUAACCGCGCGCCAUAUGAGUCCAUCCCCAGGUCGGGGCACCGAUGCAAUUGACACAGACCAGUCGUCUAGUAACAGCGUGACGGAUGAUUCCGAUGACGAGAUCACCCCCGCUGCAGCUUCUGAUCCCUCUUCUCUUCCAACAGAAUGCUUCUUUAAUUACUUCCACCAUGGCUUUGAUGCAUUUAUCUCUUAUCCCUCUACUCCUGGACCUGCCUUCCCCGGCUCGGAUCUGCCAGACCCAUCACCCCCCACGUCAAACUCCCACUUGACAGUGACGAAGCUCUUGGUCCAUGGUAACGUUCCAGGGUCAUACCCGUUCAACCGCCAUCGACGGAGUCGCUGGACGAUACAUCUGGACUCCUCGGGUGAUGACUUGAUGUCUGAAACUCCAUACGAUGAGGUGUCCGGACGGCUCAAAGAACUGUGGAGAGGCUCUUACUCCAACCCGGCUGAGGAAAGGGCUCUUCAGCGGGGAAUGGUGCUGAACCGGGGCUGGGGUGACAGUCCAGAAAGCAGUGUCGAGUUCCUAGGUGGCUGGGAGGAGAGUACAGGAGGUAGACAGCGAGCCGUUUCAGCUGGUCCUGAGAGCGGACAAGGGUUGGGAAACACGGAGUUAUUUGGAUUCCCCGGUUUGCUGUUCGAGGUAUUGAAGAAUGGCGCUGUAAGCUGCCUGACUCACCAAAUCUUUUUACGUAGCAUGCCAGAACUGCCAUCCUCGCUCACUCGGUCGUGGUCGUCGACUCUCAAGCUCCCCAAGUCGACGUUCCCCCCGCGCGUGUCGCCGGCCGACCAGGCGAAAUACCUACCCAGAUGCACUGACGAGCUAUACGCCUGGCAGCGGCGUGCCAGGCCGGCGGAGAACACAUUUACCCUGCACGAUGGACCUCCAUACGCUAACGGCGAACUGCACGUCGGCCAUGCGCUCAACAAAAUCCUGAAGGACAUCAUUUGUCGGGUGCAAUUGGGACGAGGGAGGAGGGUGGACUACGUGCCCGGAUGGGACUGUCAUGGCUUGCCUAUCGAGCUCAAGGCGCUGCAGGGACAAAAUGAUCUCAAGGGACAGAUGGGGACUGCAGGGGCAGCAGCGAUCCGAAAGGCAGCACGAAAGCUGGCUGAGACGACGGUCAACGAGCAAAUGAAGGGAUUCCGCCGCUGGGCUAUAAUGGGCGACUGGGAAGGUCAUUACAAGACGAUGCAUAAGGAGUUCGAGAUGAAGCAGCUUGGAGUGUUCCGUGAGAUGGUUGAUAGAGGACUGAUCUACCGCCGGUUCAAGCCGGUGUACUGGUCACCGUCCACGGGAACCGCUCUGGCCGAGGCAGAGUUGGAAUAUAAGGAUGAUCAUGUUUCAACGGCAGCCCUGGUUAGAUUUCCUUUGGUUACGAUUUCUUCACAAUUGGCGAAUCAUGCUGGAGUUGAUAGUGGGAAGUUGAGCGCUGUAAUAUGGACUACAACGCCUUGGACUUUACCUGCUAAUGCUGCUAUUGCCGUCAACGAAUCGCUCGAGUAUACUGUUGUCCAGUCGGAGAGACAUGGUCAGCUGUUGAUCGCCAAGUCUCGACUGGAGUACCUGCAAGGCAUGCUGAAGGAAGACCUCGACAUCGUCGUUCCGACUAUCCUCGGCUCUGACCUGCAAGGACAAACGACAUAUCGACCUCUGUUCAAGGAUCCGGAGGCGCAGCCACAGCCUAUUAUCGCCGCGGAAUUCGUUACUGCAGAGUCCGGUUCCGGUCUUGUCCACUGCGCGCCUGGUCAUGGUAUGGAGGACUACGAAGUUUGUCUCGCCAAGGGAAUUCCUGCUUUCGCUCCGGUCAACGAUGAGGGCAAGUUUACAGACAAAGCUUUCCCGAGCGACCCGCAAAGACUGAGUGGAAAACCUGUACUUGACGAAGGAAACAGCGCUGUACUCGAAUAUGUCGAGUCCCGAGGCCAGCUUCUUGCAAAGCAUCGGUACGAGCAUAAAUACCCCUACGACUGGAGAUCGAAACUUCCUAUUAUUAUCCGGGCGACGGAACAAUGGUUUGCGGAUUUAGCUGAUAUACGCGACGCCGCGGUCAAUUCCUUGAAGGAGGUUCGCUUUGUCCCUUCUUCUGGCCAGGGGCGUCUGGAGUCCUUUGUCAAGAACCGGAGUGAAUGGUGUAUAUCCCGUCAACGUGCCUGGGGAGUUCCGAUUCCUGCCCUGUACCAUCGUGGUACAGGAGAUGCCGUCUUGACUAAGGAUAGCGUAUCCCAUAUCAUGAAAGUAAUUGAGGAGCGUGGAAUCGAUGCGUGGUGGACAGACGAUGCCAACGACGAUGCAUGGAUCCCGGCGUCAUUGCAAGAUCCUUCUGGCCCUGGCUACAAACGCGGAACCGACACGAUGGAUGUCUGGUUUGAUAGCGGCACGAGCUGGACUCAGCUUGAUUUGACACACCGCGAGGGUAGACAACCGGCCGACGUCUAUCUGGAAGGAAGCGACCAGCACCGUGGAUGGUUCCAGUCUAGCCUGCUGACCUAUAUCGCCCAUCAGCUUGCUUCUGGGAAGAGCGACACUCCCAAGGCGCCGUUCAAGAGCCUUAUUACCCACGGAUUCACUCUGGAUGAGGAUGGUCGCAAGAUGAGUAAGUCAAUUGGCAACGUGAUCCAUCCCGAUUCGAUUAUGGAUGGCACUCUGCUGCCCCCUCUUAAACAGAAGAAGGGCAAGGGUAAGAAGCAGCCGGCAUCUACGGGGCCUGUCUACGAUGCGCUUGGGCCUGAUGCUCUUCGCAUGUGGGUUGCCAGCAGUGACUACACUCGCGAUGUAGUAAUCGGACAGCAGGUGCUGCAGACGGUGAAUACCAGUCUUCACAAGUACCGCGUCACGUUCAAGCUGCUCCUUGGAGCGCUGGGCGACUUUGACAAGACCAAGCAACGCACGUACGGGCAGUUGCACCAAAUCGACCGCAUUGCCCUUCUACAUCUUGCAAACCUAGCCAACACCUGCAGGAGCGCCUACGAUAACUUUGAAUUCUACCGGGCGGUCACCGCGAUCAACCGGUGGGCGAACCAGGAAUUCUCGGCGUUUUACAUGGAGACCAUCAAAGACCGUCUCUACACAGAGGCGCAGGAUAGCCCCAGCCGACGUGCGGCACAGACUACCCUCUUCCAGAUCUACCACUACCUGCAGGAGAUCCUGGCUCCGCUCACGCCGCUGCUGGUCGAGGAGUCGUGGGAGCAUACUCCCGAGGCGAUCAAGGCUCAAUGCGAUCACCCGAUGAAGCGUGUCACGGCCAUUCCCCCAGCCGAAUGGCUCAACGCAACGCUGGAGCAGGAUUUUGCAGAUCUGAUGGCGGUGAACUCGGUGAUCAAGGCCUUGCAGGAACAGGCACGAUCAAAGAAGCAGAUGGGCUCCUCCCUUCAAUCGUUCAUCCACAUCUCCCUUCCGGACAAAUCCGUGGAUGGGUCCGUCUUUCAACGGUACCUGCCCGAGCUGCCGGAUCUGUUCGUCGUCUCGUCUGUGGGCCUCAGUGGUCAGGGUGAACAGGUGCCUACCGUCAUCGAGCAGGCUGAAUGGCACUAUUGUGAGCGCUUCCAGCUGCCCGAUGGACGCCAGGGGACUGUGCAUGUCUUUGCACCGCAAGACUCCAAAUGUGUGCGAUGCUGGCGGUACGCGGUUCCUGAGACUUCGACCAGCGAAGACAUGCUCUGCCAUCGCUGCGAGGACGUUGUGCGCGAGCUGGAUGCCGUGGAGGCGAGUAAGGCCGCCACUAAUGCUUAGACGACGCCCUGCCAUAUCUUGUAUCUCUGUUGCCUGUACCAUAGUGUAUACUAUUUCUAAACUCCAGGUCCAAUAAAUAGAAUUUAGCGUUCCGUGUGAG